AUGUCCAAAAUACAAAUGCUUGCAGGAACCAGCCCAGUACACAACGACCAGGUCUGCAGUACAUGGGGUAACUACCAUUUCAAGACGUUUGAUGGAGACAUCUUCCAGCUCCCGUCCAGCUGCAACUACGUCCUGGCCUCUCAGUGCAAGAGCAGCUAUGAGGAUUUCAACAUCCAGAUGAGGAGGGAGCUGGAGAACGGCCUCCCGACCAUCAGCAAGGUCACCAUGGUGCUGGAGGGUACCGUGGUGGAGCUGAUGAAGGGCUCUGUCUCCGUAAAUGGAAAACUUGUGAUACUGCCAUUCAGUGAAUCAGGGGUUCUCAUUGAGAAGAGCUCCUCCUACAUUAACAUCGAGGCAAAGCUGGGGCUCUGGGCCAAGUGGAAUGAAGAUGAUGCCUUCAUGGUGGAACUGGACAAGAAAUAUGUAAACCAAACUUGUGGGUUGUGUGGAGACUUCAAUGGUGUCCAGACUUAUAACGAGUUUGUCACAAAGGGUGUGCCCAUUUCUAAUCUUGACUAUGGAAGCCUCUGGAAGCUGGAUGGUCCAACUGAAACCUGUACAGAGCCAGUUACACCUGAACCAACGUGCAAAGAUAUGACGUCUGUAUGUGAGCAGCUACUCUCCAACCCUGCCUUUGAAAGCUGUAAAGCUGUAGUGGACGUCGAUUCAUUCAUCAAGGUCUGUGCGAGGGACCUCUGCCUGUGUGCUAACAGCUCUGACUCCUUCUGCCUGUGCGGCACCAUAUCUGAGUACUCACGUCAGUGCAUCCAUGCCGGAGGGAAACCCGGUGAAUGGAGGACAGAACAGUUCUGCUCAAAAUCAUGCCCCUCCAACAUGGUGCACCAGGAGUGUGGAAGCCCGUGUGUGGACACUUGCUCAAACCCUGACCGAGGACAGGUGUGUGAGGAACACUGCAUGGAUGGAUGCUUCUGCCCGCCAGGCACUGUGCUUGAUGAUGUCACUGGGAUGGGCUGCAUCAGUUCAACAAAGUGCUCCUGUAGCAACAACGGAAACAUAUACCAACCUGGAGAGUCUUACUCCAGCAACUGUAAACACUGUACCUGUGGAGGUGGCCAGUGGAGCUGCAUAGAGAAGGACUGCCCAGCAACAUGCUCUGUGGAGGGAGGCUCCCACUUCUUCACCUAUGAUGGGAAAGCCUACACUUUCCAUGGGGACUGCUCCUAUGUCCUCACCAAGCAGUGUAAUGGGUCCGACUUCACAGUGCUUGGGGAUCUUGUCAGGUGUGGUUUGACAGACACAGAGACCUGUCUGAAGGCCGUGACGCUGGCUGUUUCUGGAGAUACUGUGAUUAAUAUCCAACCCAAUGGAAAAGUUUUUGUUAACAGGAUGUACUCACAGUUGCCCCUGUCUACAGCUGGAGUGACAAUUUUUGAAGCAUCCACAUUUUUCAUAAUUGUUCAGACCUCAGUUGGCAUUCAGUUGGAAAUUCAGCUGUCACCAAUCAUGCAGGUGUACAUCACAGCAAGUUCUGAACUCAAGCAAAAGACAUGUGGUAUGUGCGGAAACUUUAACAGCAUUCAGGCAGAUGAUUUCUUGGCGAUGAAUGGAAUUAUUGAGGGAACAGCAUCAGGCUUUGCUAACACCUGGAAAACAAGAGCCAGCUGUCCUGACGUGAAGAGCAGUUUGGAGAACCCCUGCAGCCUGAGCAUUGACAAUGAGAAGUAUGCCCAGCAGUGGUGCUCCCUGCUCACGGACCCUGAUGGUGUGUUUUCCCCGUGCCACAGUGAGAUCAACCCAGACAUCUACAAAGAGAACUGCAUGUACGACACCUGCAACUGUGAGAAGAGUGAGGACUGCAUGUGUGCUGCCCUCUCCUCCUAUGCGCAUGCAUGUGCAGCUAAAGGCAUCCAGCUGAACGGGUGGAGAGACACAACCUGCAAGAAAUAUGCCAACAACUGCCCGAGCAACAUGGUGUAUGUCUACAGCAUACAAAACAGUGACCGCUCAUGCCGUUGCUACAGUGAUCCUGACUUCACCUGCUCAGUUACUUUUGCUCCUGUGGAUGGAUGCAUCUGUGAUGAGGGAACAUAUCUGGACGAAGGGGGGAAAUGUGUUGCACCAGCCAGCUGCUCCUGCUAUGACAAGGGCCAGGUGAUUCCUCCAGGGGAGGUUAUCAGCAAGGACAGGGCCACAUGCACAUGCAAAGCUGGCAAACUCAGCUGCAUGGGAGAAACUACACAUCUUACUACAUGCCCAGCACCCAUGGUGUAUUUCAACUGCUCCAAUGCUGGUGCGGGAGCCAAAGGUGCUGAGUGUCAGAGGAGUUGCAAAACCCUGCACAUGGCCUGUAUCAGCGCUGAGUGUGUCUCAGGUUGCAUGUGUCCUUCUGGCCUGGUCUCUGAUGGAGAAGGUGGCUGUGUAAAGGAGGACCAGUGUUCCUGUUACCACAAUGGAGCGCAGUACAAACCUGGGGACAGCAUCAAGGUCGACUGCAAUAAUUGCACUUGCAAUGACACAAACUGGGACUGCACAUCGAACUUGUGCCAUGGCACCUGUGCCAUCUAUGGAGAUGGACAUUACAUCACUUUUGAUGGGAAUAGAUUCAACUUUGAUGGGAGCUGUGAAUACAUUCUAACUGAGAAUUAUUGUGGACAUGGAAGUACUAAUGGAACCUUCAGAGUCAUCACUGAGAACAUUCCAUGUGGAACCACAGGAGCAACAUGUUCCAAAGCCAUCAAAUUGUUUUUGGGGAGCAAUGAGUUGAUCCUGACAGAUGGAGGUUACCAAGUCGUUCAGAGAAAUUCAGGAGCAGAGGUGCCCUACCAGAUCCGCACCAUGGGGAUCUACCUUGUGAUUGAAGCUAACAAUGGUCUGAUUCUCAUGUGGGACAGAAGAACAAGUCUGUUCCUCAAGCUGAGUCCAGAGUUUAAGGGUCAUGUUUGUGGCCUUUGUGGAAACUAUGAUGGCAACGCUAACAAUGACUUUGGCACAAGAAACCAAGGACAGGCCAUUAAGUCUCUGGAGUUUGGAAAUAGCUGGAAAGUUUCUCCAAGCUGCCCUGAUGCAAAACAGACCCCGAGUCCCUGCACAUCCAACCCUUACAGAAAAUCUUGGGCUCAGAAAAAGUGUAGCAUUAUCAUAAGUGAAGCCUUUGCAUCGUGCCAUUUUCAGGUGGAUCCUUCUCCAUUCUACGAUGCUUGCGUGAGUGACUCAUGUGCCUGUGAUAGUGGUGGAGACUGUGAGUGUUUCUGCACUGCAGUGGCAGCUUAUGCAGCAGCCUGUAAUGAAGCUGGAGCCUGUGUAGCCUGGAGAACCCCAAACAUCUGCCCUCUCUUCUGUGAUUACUACAACCCACCUGGUGAGUGUGAGUGGCACUACAAACCCUGUGGAGCUCCAUGCAUGAAGACCUGCAGGAAUCCCACUGGGCAGUGCUCUCAGCAGAUACCAGCAUUAGAAGGUUGCUACCCUCAAUGUCCUGCUGAUGAGCCCUUUUUUGAUGAAGACACCAUGACGUGUGUGCAGAGGGAGAAAUGUGGUUGUUUUGAUAGUGAUGGCAGACACUACAGCAAUGGAGAGAAAGUCCCUACCACAACAAACUGUGAAACAUGCCAAUGCAUUUCCACAACCAUCAGUUGCAAAUUUGAUGCCACAGAUGGAACCAUGUUCUCCAAUACCUGCCACAACACACCCAACUACAACAACAACAACCCAAAUUACUACGACGGCAACGACAACUCCGACACCAGCAACACCCACAACUACCCCUACGACCACAAUAACAUCUACCACAUCUACAAGCACUAUGGAACCAUGUUCUCCAAUACCUGCCACAACACACCCAACUACAACAACAACAACCCAAAUUACUACGACGGCAACGACAACUCCGGCACCAGCAACACCCACAACUACCCCUACGACCACAAUGACUACCACAUCUACAAGCACUGUUACAUCUACAACACCCAGUACACCUAUCCCAUUCUGUACUUCAACACCCACAACUACCCCUUCGACCACAAUAACAUCUACCACAUCUACAAGCACUGUAACAUCUACAACACCCAGUACACCUAUCCCAUUCUGUACCUCAACACCCACAACUACCCCUACGACCACAAUAACAUCUACCACAUCUACAAGCACUGUAACAUCUACAACACCCAGUACACCUAUCCCAUUCUGUACCUCAACACCCACAACUACCCCUACGACCACAAUAACAUCUACCACAUCUACAAGCACUGUAACAUCUACAACACCCAGUACACCUAUCCCAUUCUGUACCUCAACACCCACAACUACCCCUACGACCACAAUAACAUCUACCACAUCUACAAGCACUGUAACAUCUACAACACCCAGUACACCUAUCCCAUUCUGUACCUGGCUAAGAAUUAUGUCAAUUUGACACUUUCCGAGUUGGGCCAAGAUGUGACUUGCAAUCCAACGAUAGGACUUCUUUGCCUGAACAAAAACCAGGGAAUUAAUGGAGAGUGUUUUGAUUAUGAAAUCAGAGUACGCUGCUGUGCACCAUGCACAACCACUACCACUACCACGCCUACAAGUACAUCAACUCCCUCUACGACUACACCUACAACUCCAACAUCGACAACAACCUCCACAACUACUACAACCACUGAAACGCCCUCCACACCUCCAACAACGACACCAGCAACACCCACAACUACCCCUACGACCACAAUAACACCUACAAGUACAUCAACUCCCUCUACAACUACACCUACAACUCCAACAUCGACAACAACCUCCACAACUACUACAACCACUGAAACGCCCUCCACACCUGCAACAACGACACCAGCAACACCCACAACUACCCCUACGACCACAAUAACAUCUACCACAUCUACAAGCACUAGUACGCUGCUGUGCACCAUGCACAACCACUACCACUACCACGCCUACAAGUACAUCAACUCCCUCUACGACUACACCUACAACUCCAACAUCGACAACAACCUCCACAACUACUACAACCACUGA